ACCGCCAUGUUUUUUUACAAGUCGACGAGAAACGAAGCUAUUUUACAGACAUUUAUGCAUCGCAAAUAAUGGAUUUAAUAUGAAGUAUAGGCAAAUCUCAGCAUUACUUGCCGUUGGCAGAAUGCUUGACUUUUUCGGCGACGUAAAGGUUGUUCAGAGCAGUUUGUAGAGCCUCGGGCCAUCGUAGACAAAUGUCUGCGUUUGGCUCUCAGCAGCUGAGGGGGUGAAAAGCACAAUAUUUGGAAAUCAUGGAGAAAGUGGAGGUGUUUGAGGUUGUGAAAGUGACUGAGGAGGUGGAGAACUGCUACAAACACAUGGAGGUGACUACCCCGAAAAAGAGGAAGAGCAAAGCUCAAGAAGACAGUGUUGAGAAACCUAAAAAGUCUAGGUCUGCCUACCUACUAUACUACUUUGAUGUUCACCAGAUUAUGCAACAGGAAAUUCCUAAUCUGCCACAGUCAGAGAUCAACAAACGUAUCAGUGAGAGCUGGAAAAGGCUCAGUGUAGCUGAGAAAGCCUACUAUCUGGAGAAGGCCAAGUCUGAGAAGGAGGGUGUAGACACAUCGUCUCUCAGCCCCUCCAAACAUCCGCCAGGCUUCCGCAAAAUCCUCCCCAGAGCCAGUUACUUUCUCUUGGCUAAAGGCUGCCCCUCAAAUCACCAGCCGGGAGGCUCUCAACCAGAGGUGAGCGUGGAGCCUCUGGAGUCUCCAGUGGAGGGAGGCCUGUCUUCCGUCUCUUUCACCCAAGAACCCCAGUUCACACCUCUUGAGCUGGCCGGUGAGGUGGAACUUUCCGAACACCCCAUCGUUGUUGAUGACACAGCAGAGGAAACGGCACGGGCGUCUCAUCCCACGUCCCCCCAAGGAAUCCCACCCUCGUCUUCCUCCUUUGUGUCGUCCUCCACAGAUGCCUAUGUCUCACAGGGCUCUGCUGACAUUACCGCAAAUGGGGUCAUGCUGAAAGGAAAUGAGACGAGAGUUGCUGGUAGUGGUCAUGCUGGGGCGAUGGUGCAGCAGAUACAGGGGGAAACUACACAGAUUGUUGCUAUCAUACCCACCCAGAACCUGUUGGAGCCCAAGUCUUUGGCGGGUGUCAGCUCUGUGGGCUCAGUAAUGAUGGUCUCUGUAGGAGCCAGAGUAGAACAAAGUGCCAAACCUUCAUAUAAAAUGUCUGUAAAGACAUACACCAGGAGAGGUCGAGGGAAGUGUCUAAAGCCUGGAUGUUCAUUUGUGUAUGUCACCCGCCACAAGCCACCGACGUGCCCUGAAUGUGGGAGCCACUUGGGCGGAAAAUGGAUACCUGCUGCAAAGAAGACACAAGAGAAAGAAGCUGCGUCCAAGAAGUUGCCACAGAAAGCUGGAACCAAGUCUAACGAAAGCUGCCAACCCACUCCUCCCCCUGCUCAGGAGGGGAAGGCUGAGGGCAGUAAAACAAACCCCACUAGGAGCAAAAAAGAAGCCAGAGUUCAACGGUGCUCCAGAAAGCAGCAUGCAGUUCCAGCUGGAAAGCCAUCAGAGGGCAGCAGUACCAAGGAGCCAGAACAAACGAAUGUUGUGAGCUCAACUGUCCAAAGUCAACACAGAAGCAGUGCCGCUGUUCGAAAGAGACCUGUGAGACCCAUCCUUCCUGCCUGCUAUAGAACAGGCCGUGCUGUGUUCCAGAUCAUAACUGUCCCACCUGACAAAGGAAAAUUUCAGAGUGUAAACAACAAUAAGUCAUUCACUGUGCCUCAAGAGAGUUUCUCGGGUCUCAAACCCAGCACUUUAAAGCAGCUCGGACAGACGGUCCCGACAACCACUGCCAAGCAGGUUAACACACGCACACACAUAGAGAAACACACACACACUUUUGGUCUCUGGUCCAAUAUUCCUCACUUGAUGCAUGUCUUUCCGAAGGAUUCUGGCCCUGCAGAUGGUAGUCAGCCUGUGUCUUCACUGGCUGAUGGGAGAGUGAACAUCCUGUCAGUCGCCCCUUUCAAACAGCACACCGUUUCCAGCUUUGAUUUGGGACUGUCUACAGCGCGCGGAAGGGGUCGGUGUAAGAAUCUGUCCUGUGACUAUAUGUACAAGAACAGACACAAACCUGCAGUGUGCCCUAAAUGUGGCUGUGAGCUGACCCAGAAGAACACCAAGGGAUCAAAGUCUGGGACUCUGCUCGAUCCGUACCAGGCCCUGAGUCCUGCUCAGAAGGACAUCCAGCGCCAAAAUACCCUGCAGUUACUGCAGCGUUUCCUGCAGAUUCCCGAGAGCGAGACUGAGCUCCAGGAAACGUUGACCCUCAUCCAAGAGCUCAACAGUCUCCAGAUCGUCUUGGUUCAACCAGGAGACCAGGAGCACGGGGGCAGCGUAGAGACGGAGUACCUGGUCGAGUCUGGGUGGCCUCAGUUCUAUGAAUCGGCAGCUACUCAUUGUGGCCUGUGUAACUACCCUUUGUUCAAGGGAAGUCAGAGUACUGUCGCAGGACAAGAGGACUGCUGGCUGCUUACGGAGACACUGAUCCAGACAGCAUCUCUCCAGCUGAAGGUGUGUCUCAACAUUCAGUGUCUGGCUCUGCACAGCUUCACCGACCUGCAUCCAGGUUUGUUCAACAUUGGGAACAGACUGCUGGUCAGUAUUGACCUUUUCCUGAAGAUCAGAGCCAGCAUCAGACUGGGUCAAACCCCUUCUCAGGCAGCCAAGACCAUGCUAGACCACGUCCCCAAUCACCCCGUCCACUCUCUGAGUGCAGAGGAGUUAUCUCAAAUUCACGAGCUUCUCCUCAGUGGCUACUGGGCCUUUGAGUGUCUGACAGUGCGCGAUUACAACGACAUGAUCUGCGGCAUUUGUGGCAUUGCUCCCAAACUGGAGAUUGCAGAGCGACACACAAGCAACGUACUGGAGCUAAAGAAUGUGGAGUUUACCUGGCCUGAGUUUUCGGUCUCGGAUGAGGUACAUGUUGAUGACUUCUGGCUGACCAUGGAAAGUGAGGCUAUCGAGCAAGCGACUUUCCCCACUGACAUCCCUAUCACACGUGUGGAUGCUUCGAUCAUCGCUCCCUUCAUUCCCCCACUGAUGAGGAGUCCCACUGUUAUCAACACGGAGAAGGACAAAGUCCUGUCACACACACAGCAGCCCUCAGGAGAUCCAUCAGUUCUGGUGCGUCUCAUUCAUGAUGGUGACCUGAGACUCGACAAGAUUGAACACCACAGUGAGGACGAGCUGAGAACAAUACUGGACCGCUGCGGGGCAAGCAUCACCCCUGGCUCCACUAAGACCGAGUUGCUGGCCUCCCUGAUCUCCUUGUACACACUUGUUCACAGCGGCCUCGCCACUGGCCCACAGCCCCCUCCACACCUCACCGGUGGCAAGCUGUCCCAGCUCUGCCCCCACAAGGUGGUGUGUGGCUCUAAGUACUUGGUGAGAGGCGAGACGGCUCGAGACCACGUAGACCUGCUACUGUCCUCUCGGUACUGGCCCCCAGUCUAUAUUAGUGACUGUGCCCGUCAGGUGGCCCUUUGUGCUGACAUGCAGUACCCAGAACUGGCAACCCGGAUGUGGGGCAGGAACCAAGGCUGCUUCUCUGACCCUUUCGAAAAGCCAGAUUUUGUGUCAUGUGCUGAGCUACAAGACCAGCCGUACAGCGCUGACCUGUCUUCGGUUGGAGAGAACCAGCAGGUCCACCCCAUCACCAAGUCAUCUUGUUGCUGGCUGGUUCAUCCUCCUGGAGCAGCCCAGGAGCCUCUUGCUCUUCCUUCAGAUCACCACUCAAUGGUCCUCUGCAGAGAUCUGGAACCCUAUGUCAGCCUAGUGUCUAAGCAGAAGGAACAGGAGGAUGACGAAGGAGCAGAACAGAAAGAACAGACGUACAAAGCUGAGAAUGACUCCACGGAGCAAUCGAACGACAAUUCGUCAGUAGGCCGUGUGCGGCAGCAACCUGUGGCUUUCAACAACACAGCUUAUUACUACCUUUACAACCGUCUGGUAGAUUUCCUCACCAGCAGGGACAUCGUGAGCCAGCAGAUCAACCAGGUGGUGAAGGCCUGCCAGCCUGGGGAGGUAGUGAUCAGGGAUGCGCUGUACCGACUGGGAGUGGCACAGAUCAACACAGAAAAGGAGGAAGAUGAAGCAAGUGGUAUGGAGGGGCAGACACAAGAGGGAGGGACAGAGAUUUAUGAGGUUGUGCGUCCUGAAUGAAAAUGAUCUGGACAGACAAUCAGCAGACAGGCAGAGGGGUGGACUGAAUGUAAAGAUGGCUGCAUGCAAAGAUAGGAGUACAAGAGAGAGACAGCCAUGAGGGGAGACCCAAGUGCUACCAGAGGGAUCCAAGAGUUUGGAAGCUACAGAGCUAACCCCAAUGAGCGAGGGAAGCAGAAUAAGCAGGAGAGUAGCAGAACCUUUAAUCAGCUAUAUGUGAGGUGUGAGGAAAUAGGCUGAAUGUGGAUAAAGUGGGUGGAAUUUAGCAGAAAUGGACCUUACUGUAAGUAAUAAGAAGAAUGCAGAGUAGUCAGUAGUGUUUACCGUGAAGAUACUAAAAAAGAAUCACAAUUUCACAUUUUUUAACUAUAGUAACAGUGAGUGUGAGAAUAAAUAAAAGUCAAGACGAUGGAGACUGAACGUCAACAUCACCAUUUCAAAUGACUAAAAGAAUGUAACAAUAUUUUACCAAUAGGGUGUUGAGAGCUGAAAGAAGUGAAAGUGAAAUCUAAUUUGGUGCUUUCCUGUGACUGAAGGAAUGUCAACAGGAUUUGACACUCACACAACUCUGCUACUUCAAGCCUAAAUGUGUGUAUAUAUAUAUCUAACCAUGUAUGUAUGUAUGUAUGUAUGAGUAGUAUGUUGUAUUUAUUUCCCUUUUAUGUCCAGAGACAUGUCUGCUUUAGGUUUUACACUCUUACCUCUCACUUGCCUCGCGUUGCCUUUUGGACUGAUGUUUGCUUUUGAAUAGUGAUGAUAAGAUGCAUAUCUGUGGAUUGUACUGAAUCAUAUUGUGGUGGUGGAUCUUGUGGCUUUAGUUUGGAUUACAUUUUCUGCUCAAGAGAGAUCCAUUCAAAGACACAUAACAAUCGAUUUGUUUAAUUCAGCAGCCGGCCUUUGAAGAUAUAGUAAAUCUGCCUGCAUGAAGUGCUUCACAGAGGUUACUCUUUUUGUUAGCUCUGGUCACUAAUGCUUUGCUUAGCAAUUAAAAUCAAUGAUGGGCUAACAAGACUUUGAAGCACCGAGGCUGCCAGUUGUCUUGAAAAUUGGGUUAAUUUGCCAAGACUUCAAGUGUUCAGUAGCAACACCUGUUGGUCAAAAGACAUCACAGCAGCAAGGCAUAUUGCGUAGAUAAAGAAAAUAUUGCAGUAGUUGAAUCAAUUAUGUCCUGUAAAUUAAACUGCUGACAUAACAAAGAAAUUAAUUAUUUUGCAGCUCUGGUUUGGAUCUGUGGUAAAAUGGUCAAACUAAAAAUACAGUUUCAAAAUCCUAACCCUUACCCUCAUUAAAUAGAUAAUAAAACCCUUAUCAAGCAUUA